UAAUGUUUAUAAAUAUAUUUUCUUUCAAAAUAAUGUGUUGAACUGGUCUUUCCUGAACCAUUCAUGUUUUAGGUGACAUCGGUGCUAAAGUGCAGCUUAAAGACUGUGCUGCUGACUGUGUAAGUGGAUUCAUGAACAUCGGCAUUGCAAAGACAUCUUUAGCGUGCUGUAACACAGACCGGUGUAACGUCCAAGACGCUCCAGAUCCCAGCACUAGCGCCCCCAAUGGAAAGACUUGUUACUAUUGUGAUGAGAAGAGCUGCUCAAACAUUUUGAGCUGUUCAGGGAGUGAAGACCGCUGCUUUAAAGCAACAGGGACUAUCGGUGGCCAGUCAACAGUUGUAAAAGGCUGUGUCUCUAAAUCUAUCUGUGAUGCUGAAACUUCGGUUAGAGAUGUUCAGGGAGCCUCAUGUUGUGAGGGGAAUCUGUGUAACAGCGCUAAGAGCAUCACUCAGAGCUUCCUGUUCCUCUGCAGUUCUCUGCUCUCCUUCAUCCUGCUGCUGCACUGAAUCCAGCAGCUCUUCACGUUCUACACUGAGACACACUGUACUGAAUAUAGAGCUUGUACUUUCUCUGUACUGUGCAUCUUUGGUGUGUUUCUAUGAUUUUUUUGCCGUGACAUUUUAUGAAUUAAAACACUACAAUUA